AUGGAGACCGCCGAGAUCGCUCGAGAAGAGGAGAUGAUCGCAGGGACUAUGACCGUGGCCGCGACCGCAGGAACGGUGGAAGGUCCCGUGGUCGCGACAGCCGAGACAGGGGACGCAGCCGACGCGAUGAUCGCGACCGUGGCUCCCGCUAUGAUCGAGACCGCAGCCCACGCCGUGCGUUUGGUCCGGGAGGAAGGCCGAGUGGCAACUGGGGUGGAGUGCCUUGACCAAUCAUGGCCUCUGGUGGGAUUGGUGGCGAGGGCAUUGGGCCUUCGUCUUGUGGAUAGCUGGAUAGACCUGGACAAAAUGGUGGGUACGUGCCACGGCAUCCUAAUCCCGCAAAUUGGCUCUGCCCAGGUAUCGCCUAAAACUUUCCGGACCCCCUUUGGCCCCGGCCACUGUUUUGUCAACUGCUAUCAUGAUUUGCUCAUGUUCUGGCAGGAAGCUCUAUACCAUUGCUGGCGGCUUCGCCUGUAUUUCUAUUGUUAG